GAGCCACUCACCCCUCCGUCUCGUCACCUUAACUCUUCCCUUUCCGAAAACUCAGAAUUUCUUCUCAGCACCCACAAUUCCGAGAUGUGCACUUUGAAUAUGGGGCUUGCAGUCGCAGCAGCAGCAGCUUUGGAUGGUUACAAACCCGUGUUCCAGAAACAGAAGAGUUUGUGCUUUAGGAAUGAGAAUUGUGGCGAUAUCUUGUUUGGGGGCUUGAAUUUAGGGUUUCGAAGUGCGGAACACAGAAAAAGAUGUGUUUUUUCGCAGUUGAAAUCGGUGGCUGGUGCCGAUAAAACAGCCCAAAGUGCUGAAAUGUACGAUGCAAUCGUGAUAGGGUCUGGUAUUGGCGGGUUAGUCGCUGGGACUCAGUUGGCCGUGAAAGGAGCCAAGGUCUUGGUUCUGGAGAAGUAUGUGAUUCCCGGCGGGAGCUCCGGGUUUUACCAGAGAGAUGGUUUCACUUUCGACGUUGGGUCUUCUGUCAUGUUUGGAUUCAGCGACAAGGGAAAUCUGAAUUUGAUUACUCAAGCAUUGGGAGCUGUUGGACGUAAGCUACAGGUGAUACCUGACCCGACAACCGUGCAUUUUCACCUACCGAACAACCUUUCUGUUCGAGUAUGUAGAGAAUACGACGACUUCAUCGCACAACUCGUGAACGAAUUUCCACAUGAAAAGGAAGGAAUCCUCAAGUUUUAUAGUGAAUGUUGGAAGAUCUUCAAUGCCUUGAAUUCAAUGGAAUUAAAAUCAAUUGAGGAACCCCUCUACCUCUUCGGACAAUUUUUUAAGAAGCCCAUCGAGUGCUUGACACUUGCUUCCAAUUUGCCCCAGAAUGCUGGGGACGUUGCUCGGAAGUUCAUAAAAGAUGAACAGUUGCUCUCCUUCAUAGAUGCUGAGUGCUUCAUUGUCAGCACCACGAGUGCUUUACGAACGCCGAUGAUCAAUGCAAGCAUGGUCAUAUGUGAGAGACAUUUUGGUGGAGUCAAUUAUCCUGCUGGUGGAGUAGGAGAAAUUGCCAAAUCCUUAGCAGAGGGUUUGGCUAGCCAGGGUAGUCAAAUACUAUACAAGGCAAACGUAACCAAUAUUAUUGUUGACAACGGCAAAGCUGUAGGAGUUAAACUAUCGGAUGGGAGGAAUUUUUAUGCUAAAACCAUAAUAUCGAAUGCUACCAGAUGGGAUACCUUUGGGAAGCUUUUGAAGGAAGAGAAACUGCCAAAGGAAGAAGAAAAAUUUCAGAAGACAUAUGUUAAGGCACCUUCUUUUCUUUCUAUCCAUGUGGGGGUUAAGGCAGAUGUUCUACCAGUCAAUACAGAUUGCCACCAUUUUAUCCUCGAGGAUGAAUGGAAAGAUUUAGAAAAGCCUUAUGGAAGUAUAUUUUUGAGUAUUCCAACUGUGCUUGAUCCAUCAUUGGCACCAGAGGGAUGCCAUAUUCUUCAUAUAUUUACAAUUUCAAGCAUAGAUGACUGGGAGGGGCUCUCUCAGGAUGUAUACAAUGCAAAGAAGGAGAACGUGGCUGACAUGAUCAUAAACAGACUUGAAAAGACACUAUUUCCAGGCCUCAAAUCAUCUAUUGUUUUUAAGGAAGUAGGAACACCAAAGACACAUAGACGAUACCUUGCUCGUGAUAGUGGAACCUAUGGACCAAUGCCACGCGGGACUCCAAGGGGGUUAUUGGGAAUGCCAUUUAACACGACUGCUGUAAAUGGACUAUAUUGUGUUGGGGAUAGUUGUUUUCCAGGUCAAGGUGUCCUAGCCGUAACCUUUUCUGGAGUAAUGUGUGCUCAUCGGGUCGCUGCUGAUUUAGGAAUUGAGAGGAAAUCCCCCGUGCUGGACAGUGUUCUUCUUCGGCUGCUGGGUUGGCUACGAACAUUGGCAUGAUAAUAUUGUAUAUUUGUAUGAGUAAAUAUUACACAGUCGGUUAUAUAUUCAGCGACAUAAUUUACUAGAGAAGGGUGGUAGUCUAUUUUCAUUUGUAAGUGGCAACAAGAUCCUCGAGUUAUGUAUGUACCUCCCGGAAAAUUGAAUGUUGAAACACUUAAAGAAAAUAGAGUACAAUGUUAUACCUCUUCACAUUCUUGGGUAAAUGAAAGUCGCCUAAGGGUCACUUGUGUAAGUUAUUUUUUUAAUCUAACUAUGUAUACUAACUAUUACGUACAUUGCCAAUGAAGUUAACAGGCCCUU